AUGGCAAUCAAGAAGUUUUCAUCUCUUAUGGUGUUUGCUCUUCUCAUUUUGCCCAUGAUUUCAGGAGAUGGAGUUGGUAUGGACUGUAAGGAGGGGGUAUGUCGAGGCAAACCAGAAUGCAAUGCAUCAUGCAAAUCCGCAGGUUACAAAAAUGGAGGAGCCUGUGUAGGGUAUCCGGAUCCUAGGGAUGACUUGUUGAUUUUUGUAGAAGGCUCCUUUGAAUCAGUUGCUGGGGUUUUCACGGUGCUCUCUCAGUUUGAGAAACUAUCAGGGUUGGCGGUUAACAUAAGCAAGACUUCGAUGUUCUGCUCAGGGGUCUCUGAUGAGGUUUUGGAUCAGCUUAGGAACCGGUUUUCUUUAUUUCCGGGUUCCUUACCGAUCCGUUACUUGGGACUUCCUCUAUGCUCAAGGAAGUUAACUAUCUCGGACUGUGAUCCGUUGUUGCAACAAAUCAGAACAAAAUUGAAUGGGUGGAUGCAUAGACAUUUAAGUCUCGCAGGCCGCCUAACUCUAAUUGCAACGGUUAUUUCUGGUAUCAUUGGAUUUUGGACAGCAGCGUUCUUUCUCCCAAAAAAGGUUAUUCGAAAAGUAAACUCUCUUUGUAGUUCCUUUCUCUGGCAUGGUUCUUUGGAUGGCCCAUCUAGUGCAAAGGUCUCCUGGUCCAGUUUAUCAUAUCCUAAAUCCGAAGCUGGACUUGGAAUCAAAUCUAUACUGGAAUGGAAUGAUACUUGUGGUCUAAAGCUUAUCUGGAUGCUCUUCUUUAGGGCUGGCUCGAUUUGGGUUGCUUGGAUAAGAAGCAGAUAUCUCUCUCGUUCUUGUUUCUGGUCGUUAAACGAAGAUAAUCAGUCAUUCUCUUGGAUGUUCAGAAGGUUAUUAAAAUUGCGACAUAAAGCUGUUACUUUUCUCAGAAUCUUGAUUGGAAAUGGUGAGGAAACAUAUUUUUGGUGGGAUCCGUGGACGCCUUUCGGUCCUCUUAUUCAUUUCUUAGGACCGCAGGGUCCUGCCUCCCUUGGGAUUCCUUUGUUCUCCCUUGUUAUGGAAAGGCUUUCUCCUGCCGGUUGGUGCUUACCAGCGGCACGAUCAGAAAUUCAACUACAGUUAUUCUCCUUCAUCACAACUAUCUCAUAUUCUAAUGUUUCUGAUGUUGCACAAUGGCUGGUUGGGGACAAAGUUUGCAAAUCUUUUUCUUCCAAAGUGACUUGGGAUAAUAUUCGUAACGUUAAACCGCAUGUAUCUUGGCAUCCACUGAGGGCAUGCACUUCUUCUGAUCGAUCUUUAGCCCUUCUACAAGGUUGGCAAGCCGCCAUUUAUGAAAUUUGGAAAGAGAGGAAUAGACGUUUCCAUGACGGUGCCACUCUUUCUCCUUCACUUAUCCUUCAAAGGAUCUUCGUGGUUGUGAAAAAUAAAUCCAUUGCAAUGGAGAACUUGGGUUCGGGUCGAGGCGAGGCUCUUCUUCGAAUUUGGUCAAGCAUCUGA